AUAUAUACGUCAACUCAUCUAUAUUGAAACGAGUAAAUCUACUAUACCGACCUUCUAAAGGAAAUCGACGUGCGCGCAGUUAAUGUUAGCUCAGCACAGCAGUUUGUUUAUAGCAGUGAGUGAGGUGUGACGCUACAAUGUUGAGGUCACGGAAGUGUUUGAUUUGGAGCAGCAUGCUAGCAGCGCUGGUGGCAGGCGCGCUGAUAGCUGUUUUAGUGCUGCAACCGUGGAACCAAAACAACCAACUGAUGAUGCGCUACCGACACGCCGCGGUCGUCGCCAAUGGUUAUGAAUGCGCUUCAGUUGGACGUGAUAUACUGCAAAAGAACGGCACGGCUGUGGACGCGGCCAUUGCGACGCUGUUCUGCGAAGGAUUGGCAUGUGCGCAAUGCAUGGGCCUCGGAGGCGGAUUUCUGGCAACCGUUUACGAUGCUAACACACGCACAGUGAGGGUACUCAACGCGAGGGAGAGGGCGCCCGCUGCAGCGACCGAGGAUAUGUUCCAGAACGCCUCAUCAACAGUCGGUGGACUUGCCAUCGCAGUGCCGGGAGAACUGAGGGGAUACGGUGCCCUGUACCGAGAGUACGGGCAUCUGCCGUGGAGGGAGCUGGUGCGGCCAGCUGCGGACCUUUGCCGUCGAGGUCACCGCGUCAACAGCUACAUGGGGCGGGUACUGAAAACUUAUAGAGACAGAAUACUCGCCGAGCCGUCGAUGAGAGAACUGUACGUUAAUCCAAAUACUGGAGAUGUGUGGAAUGAAGGUGAUCUCAUACGUGAACCAACACUAGCCCGCACCCUCGACAUCAUAGCAGAGGAGGGUUCCGAGGCCAUCCACGACGGGAGCCUCACAGCAGCGCUCGUACGCGAUAUACAGGCCUUCGGAGGUAUUAUAACAGAGGAAGAUCUCAGAACAUUCAAAGUAGAAUGGCAAGAACCAAUAGCUGUGCCAUUAUCAGAGAAGCAUACUCUAUACUCGGUGCCGCUGCCAGGCUCUGGCUCGGUGCUGGCAUUCAUAUUAAACAUGUGGCGCGGCUGGAUCGGCGCUGGCAGCAACGUUUUAGCUGGCAGUAACGCCUACUGGCACCGCGUCGUUGAAUCCUUCAAGUAUGCAUAUGCGAAGCGCACAGGACUCGGAGAUCCUGCACGUACUAAUUUAUCGUACGAUAUCAGAGAGUUAGAGCGUAACCUGUCUGACCCUGAUUGGGCAAGAGGCUUCAGGACCCUCGUAGACGACAACCGCACGUUCUCAGACUGGCAACACUACGGCGCGCUGUUCGAGGGGGCCAACGACCACGGCACGGCCCACGUCGUGGUGUACGCGCCUGAUGGCAGCGUUGUCUCUGCCACGAGCACUAUUAACUAUAUAUGGGGUAGUCAAAGAAGGUCUACAAGCCUCGGUAUAAUGCUGAACAAUGAAAUGGAUGAUUUCGCCAUUCCUCAUCGAGAGUCUGCCUAUGGGAUGCCGCCGUCGCCAGCGAACAUGGUGGCAAAAGGUCUUCAGCCGUUAAGCUCUAUGGUGCCAAGUGUGGUACUCUCAAAAGAUGGUACAGUGGACUUGGUGAUAGGCGCUGCUGGUGGUACAAAGAUAACUACUCAAGUAGCGCUGGUGACGACGCACUCACUUCUGGAAGGCGAAGGGUUAUCAGAUGUGAUACAACGUCCGCGACUUCAUCAUCAGCUUGUCCCGAUGGAAAUUGAACACGAGAUUAAUUUCAAUCCGAGUGUCAUCGAGUUUUUACGUGGUAGAGGACACGCGACAACAGAACGUGGCCCCACUGCCGGGUUCGCCGCCAUGGUGGGCAUUGCACGAGAAGGAAACGACUAUGUACUAGCGUCUACAGAUCGAAGAAGAAUUGGGAGCAUUGACGGUUUUUGAUCUCACCACAAAAAAAAGCAUUGAGCUAUAUGUACUACAUAUUAGGUAGGUGUUCCAAAGAAAAAUAAUAUUAAGAGUGUGCAAAAUGUUAUUUGGUAGGUAGUUACAAAUGGUUCUGGAUCUCAGAUUCUGGAAAAGUUAGGAGCCUGAUAUUUGGGUAAAUGAUAUUUCAAAGUGUUAGCUUCGUUAGGUCUAUACAAAAUAAACAAUUUGUAAAACUUUUCUCGAUAGUUUAUUUUUUUGAAAAAUACAUGUUUUGCUCACAUUUUGCUUUCAAUCUCAGGAAAAGCAAACUUAUUUUCUUAAAUUUUUGUGUAGAAAAUUAGGUGUAUGUCACGUGAAAGUCAUAAUUCGGCGUCUCGCUUGCGCUUCGAAUUUCGCGUUUCGCUCAACGUUGUAAGUCAGUAAGAUAGUAUGAAUUGCGGCGAUAUCGCUGCAGUUAAACGAAGUAGGUAGUGAUGAGUGGUGUCAUCUAUAAUACGUAAUACAUAUAACUCAAUGUUCAAAACGCAUUACGCUUGCAUUUCAAAUGCAUUAAGAUGUAAGGCCUUACAUAAAUAGACAUUUACCACUACUAUUAUUAUUAUUAUAUAAUUGAAUUUUUACCGUACUGGUUCCUGUGAGAGUAUGGCUACCAGCGGCGAAAGUUCAUGCAAGCCAAUUCCCGCUGGGUUACCUUUAAAAUCCAUGCAUAUUCAUUGUUGUACUGUAUCUAGAUAUAUGAGAAACCGGAGUUUGUAUCACGCUGUAUGAGUUUCCUUUUCUUUGGGACGGCUUUAAUUAGGCGAACAUUGAUCCUCGUCCUUUUUGGAAGUUGGUUAAAAAUGAUAGUAGGCACUACAUACAUUAAGUAUCUAACUAAUUAGAAUGCACGAUUUACUGUAGGUAUAUGGAAAAACAAUUUUUAUUUAUCGUUUCAUUUUGUAUUACGCUGUAGUAGACCUAAGAUGCGCAUUACAUAUCUCAAGACGAGAUAAAAACAAAUAUCGAUCAAUAGCGGCGCAAUCUAAAAUAUCGCUUACUCUUCCGUUUUCGAUUCCGCCGUUAUAUCGUGGUAUUGGAACAUAUAAAUUACUCGAUACUAUAUUAUACUCGCAGAGCUAAGAAUAUACUGCGCAGCCUUAAGCUAUGCAUUGGCGAAUCUAGGAUUAUUUCCUGAGGUUGGCCUGGGGUGGGCCUACAUAUCACUGAACAGAGUCGACACUCAAUAUAAAAAUUUCGUUUGCAAUAUUUGUGGACGCCAACGACUUAAAUUGUAGUGGACGCAGACCUCUGAAACGGCUCGACUUAUUUAUUAUUUUUUAACCGACUUCCAAAAAGGAGGAGGUUCUACGUUCGGCUGUAUGUAUGUUUUUUCUUAGUAUCUAUGGUAGGUAUCAGAAAGGUCUUAAUAUAUUUUUCAAAAUCUUUGUUUUUUUGACGGCCUCCGUGGUGCAGUGGUAUGCGCGGUGGACUUACAAGACGGAGGUCCUGCUGGGCUGGGCACGUUGAGAUUUCCUUAAUUUGUCCAGGUCUGGCUGGUGGGAGGCUUCGGCCGUGGCUAGUUACCACCCUACCUGCAAAGACGUACCGCCAAGCGAUUUAGCGUUCCGGUACGAUGCCGUGUAGAAACCGAAAGGAUUGUGGAUUUUCAUCCUCCUCCUAACAAGUUAGCCCGCUUCCAUCUUAGACUGCAUCAUCACUUACCAUCAGGUGAGAUUGUAGUCAAGGGCUAACUUGUAAAGAAUAAAAAAAAAAACUUCUAGGUUUUUCUUUAUUAUAAGUUGUAAUUGUUAUUAUUUGAUAUUUUGUGUAGAAUAAUUAUUAUUCCGGCGUCCAUCAUAGAAUUUCAAAUUGGUAGUCCAGUAUCCUAGGGUGGGCACUGGACUAUUCUAGGGUGGGCCCAGCCCACCCGCCCCUCCCGCUAUAUACGCCUAUGGUGUCUUGAUCGCGCCGCAAGCCACUACGGUGUGCGUACUGCAGCAUGUGGCGUCAGACGGUCGGACACUAAGUCGUAUGAAAAACGUCAGGAGUGGUAUUUUGUUCCGUCGCCGAGACCAAAGAUUACAAUGUAUUAUGGCCGAGACGGUCGCUGCGGCGUGCGGCGCGAUCAAGAGAGCAAAGCUCUACGCCUGGUGUUCAGAGCGGACUCGAAGUUUAGCCACAGAAUACAUAAUAGUAGUUUGGCUUACGCGUGGGGGUUGACAAACAAAGGUAUUCCAAAAUCACCUAUUAUAUUUUAGUAUCCUACUUACAUUUUGUUUUUAAUAUUUUUAUUGAUUUUAAGCAUAAUUUAUCAUGUUUUUAGUCCAUAAACACAAAAUAGUAGGUAACUCUUGAACUUGUAUUAAUUAGUUGGUGUUUUUUAUGUUAACAUGCAUCGUUCCUACCUACCUGGUAAAAUAAUUCCCGACUUUUCCUAAAAAUGUUUGUAACGUUUUUGUUAUAAAUAUGAUUGUAUAUACUUAUCAUGUAUUAAAUAUAAGAUAGGUGCUGUGAUAUAAAUAGAAUAUAAAGAUUAAUUAACAA